CUCAAAAUCUCCACAAUCUCAAAACAAACAUAAAAUAAGAAGAAGAACAAAGGAGGACUUGCUCCUCACAUUCUUCAACUUCUUUUCUUCAACAUAAAUGUGUUUCUGAUCCAAAUUUCUUUUGUGCUUCCAGUGAAAAACUCACCCACCAACUACUCUUUCACUUGUUAGUAGGAAAAUUUUAAAAAAACAAACAUGGAAUCCUUAAAUAUCCACAACAUCAAAGUGGAGAAAGCAAACGCUAUGCUAAGGUACAAAAAGCGUCAAAGAGUGACAACGUUGUUCCGAUUCAUCGAAUUCUGCAUAUUUUUCGCCAUAAUCUCAAGAUUUUCCACGGAUUAUUUCAAGGGACUUGGUGUCACCCUCGUUAGUCCUCGAUUCGUCUUUGUUCUUGGAAACGCGAUUGUCAUCAUCCUCUUCUUGAUAUCAGGACAGUCCUCUGCUAAAGAUGGUUCCACAAAUAACGUUAAAAUCGAUAUGUACGAUGAGUACAAACAAAAAUGUUCGAUGAACAAAGAGGCUUAUUGUGAACAGAGCAAAAAACAGAGGAAACAGAGUAUUGUUGUAGAAAAAGCUUAUUGUGAACAGAGCAAGAAACAGAGGAAACAGAGUAUUUUGGUGGAAAGACAAUUAGAAAAGAAAAUCCAUCGUAGCCAUUCCGACAACUCUCUAUCUUUGUCCCGUGAUGAGAAAAAACCUAGAAAAAAAUUGAACCGGUCCGCUACAGUAAGAUGCCGGGAAGUUAUAUACACCGACAGUGUAAAACCCACUAUGAUGAUGACAACGACGUCAUAUCCAGAAGACGAGAUGAGCAAUGAAGAAUUCAGGAAAACUGUUGAGAAUUUCAUUGCAAGACAACAGAGAUUUUUGAGGGAAGAAGAGUUUUCAGCUGUUGUUUCUUAUGAAUCAUAGCUGUAUAAGUUCACGUUCUUGUUCAAGUACUAGUUUUUGCUAAAUUCAUAAGCAGCCUAUCCUGAUGCAAGCAUCUACAGCCGAUUAUACGGUUUAUGUUUUUUUUUAAAAAAGACGAAAGUAUAUACAUAGUAGUAGUCCUAGUUCUUAGGCCCUCCUCCAUGUUGCCGAUGAAAGCCAUUGUGAGGUUUUUGCAAAUGUAUCUUUUGCCUUAGAUCUUUGUUAAUAUUUUGAAUCAUAAACUUACUUUUGGUAUGUAAAUUAAUUUGUCAUUUUUCCUUCA